AUGUUCUUCAUACCGGCGGUCAUAGUGUUACUAGGGCUAAUUUUCUACUGGUGUAAGGUUUCCAAAACCAAUGCCCUAUUCGCAAAAGAUAUACCAGGACCGAAGUCGUACCCUAUUAUUGGUUCUGCCCAUCUGUUCGUUGGGUCCGACGAGCAUACGUUCAGUGUUGUAAAUGAACUGUUUCGCAAGUAUGAUGCUAUAUUUAAACUCUCACUGGGAACAAAAACCGUCCUGUGUCUAUCAGACCCGGACCUUAUCCAGCAAGCUCUAACUACCAGCGCGUGUCAGGAUAAGGCGUUUUUCUACCGUUUUCUUGAGAUGGAUUAUGGAUUAGUUUCGUCACGCUACACGGAUUGGAAACUGUACCGCAAACUGUUGAAUCCGGCAUUUAACCAACGCAUCUUAAUUAGCUUCAUCUCGAUCUUUAGUCGUUGUUCGGAAGCUAUGGUGUUACGAAUGGCUAAAGAGGAAGAUAACCAUGGCCCAUUCGACGUGCUUCACUAUACGGCUCAAUGUACGCUGGAGAUGGUGUGCGCCAGUUCCCUUAAAAGUGACAUUACGGACGAUCCUCAAGCGAAGGAUGUUUGCGGAGGCAUUGAAAAGAUAGGUUCUAUAAUGAGUAGCAGAGUGUUCAACGUGUUGCUUUAUAGCGACGCGCUAUUCACUUUGACACAACGCUACAGAGAAAUGCAAAAACUUCGCGCCCAAUUACAACGUGUGGUCGAUCCGAUCUUGUACGGCAGACGAGACGAACUAAUUAAACAACGGUCAGAUAAAUUUCUCCUGGACAAGGAGGAACAAUAUCGUAAGCCAAUGGUGUUUCUCGAUCAACUGCUGAACAUGCAGCGAGGUGAUCAGGAUCUUGAGAUGCAAGAGAUCGAAAACCAUCUCUAUACCAUUAUUGGAGCAGGCAGUGAAACAACCGCUAACCAAGUAGCUUAUGUCCUGUUAUUACUGGCAAUGCACGCAGAUGUACAGGACCGUGUGUACGAAGAAAUUAUUUCCAUCUACGGCAGCUCGUCGCUAGACGUAUCUUACGAAACAAUUUCUGCCCAAGUUUACCUAGAGCAAGUAAUCAAAGAGUCCAUGAGACUGUUUCCGGUGGCACCACUCAUUGGACGGGAAACGAUCGAGACAGUAAAGCUGGGCGAUACUGUUGUCCCACCAGGAGUGACACUUCUCAUCAACAUUCUUACCGUUCAUCGCAACAAGAAGCUGUGGGGUGAACGGGCGGAUGUGUUUGAUCCAGAUCGUUUUGAUCCCUCGACGAUUGAUGCUCACAAGCAUCAUGCCUUUAGCUACAUACCGUUUGGUGGUGGGCCAAGGAACUGUAUCGGAUAUCGAUACGGUAUGUUUGCUAUGAAAAUAAUGGUUACUCAGAUGCUUCACAGAUAUAAACUGUCCACACCACUGUUGGCAAAUGAUUCUUUACAUUUAUCGUUUGCCGUCACGCUUAAGACAGGUGUAGGACACAAAAUAUGUAUUAAACGCCGAUCCAAUUUUCCACAGUAA